GUUGCUGGAGGCGCAGAUGUUAAAUCUCACUUCUAACGUGAUGAUGGUGAAUGUACAGAACAGAAGUGGAGCAGCAGGUGAUGAAACGAUGAUAAAUAACAUGAAGAGAAAGAGAGAGGCCUCUGCUGUGAAAGGCAUGUCAGCUAUUUGUGGAAGAGGGACGGACAGGUUGUCACUGCAUGAAGACGCAGUGAGAAGCACUGACAAGUGCGCUGGCCGAGCUCCAGUGAAUGUGACGAAUCUGCGUUCCGUCACGUUCGCUAGAGCAAACUGUAAAGUUGUGGACGAGCUGGUGUUGAGGCGUCGGUGUCCAAGGGGAAUUCUGAUUUAGCUACUUGAAGUAAAAGAAAUAUCCACCUUUGCAGAGUGUGACGGAGCCGCAGAGAAGAGGAGGAGGACGACGCUGAAGAGUUUGUGACUCAGGAGCCAGAUUCUUCAAUCAGGUGCUGCAGCAGAUCUCUCCUCAGCAGACGUCCAGGGUCUGGAGACGUGGGAGCAGAGAGAGGUGGCACAGCCGGGCGUGGAGAUCUGCACCAUGGGAAUCAAAGAUGACGACGGUUGUUACAAGAGAGAUGGCGAUGAACCCAAAUCCGACCUCCUGCAAACUGAAGGAAAGAGCGGAAGCUUCAACACACUCCUCGCCACCUCGGAAACAGAAACCUCGCCGGACGACACCUCGCUCUGCCUGGAAUCUGCUUCUCUUGGUGACAGCGCUGUCAGUGCCGGCGGUGAUGGAUUGAAGAAGAGUCAGGAGGUGCAGAGCUGCGAGGAGGACGAAGAAGAGGGACACCUGGUCUAUCACGUCGGCCUCGUGAUGAACGGAAGAUAUGAGGUGGUUUCUACGCUGGGAGCUGGAGCCUUUGGACAAGUGGUCGAGUGCAUCGAUAGAGACAAAGACGAGCACGUCGCUGUGAAGAUCGUGAAGAGCAUCGACUGUUACCGUGAGGUCGCCAGGUCGGAGAUCGCAGUUCUGGAGGAGAUCAACAGUCUGGAUGACGAACACAGAUUUGCCUGCGUGCGGAUGCUGAACUGGUUCGAGCACGAAGGUCACAUCUGCAUCGUGUUGGAGCUGCUCGGCCUCAGCACCUUCGAGUUCCUGCGACAGAACCGCUUCCUGCCGUUCAGCGUGGAGCAGAUCCGCCACAUGGCCUUCCAGAUCUUCAGAGCCGUCUGCUUUCUGCACCGUAACAAACUGACCCACACGGACCUGAAGCCAGAGAACAUCCUGUUAGUUUCCUCCGACUACGAGUUCAACGACGAGAAGGAGAGGAAACUGAGGAGUCUGGAUGUGAAGGUGGUGGAUUUCGGCACCGCCACAUUUGACCAUGAACACCACGAAUCCCUGGUGUCGACACGGCACUACCGAGCUCCAGAGGUCAUACUGGAUCUGGGCUGGAACCAGUCGUGUGAUGUUUGGAGUCUGGGCUGCGUCCUCAUGGAGUUUUACCUGGGACGCACACUCUUCCAAACCCACGACAGUAAAGAACAUUUGGCCAUGAUGGAGAAAGUCCUGGGGCCGAUUCCCCCGCAACUGCUGAAACAGACCAAUAGAAAGCAGCAUUACGUUCACAACGAGCAGCUGAACUGGGACGAGAGAAGCUCCUCUGACGAUUCCAUCUGGAAACACUGCAAACCACUCAAGCAGUUCAUGCAGAGGAAGAGCGAGGAGGAGCGGCAGCUGUUCGACCUGCUCGGCUGCAUGUUGGAGUACGACGUCUACAGGCGCAUCACCCUGGAGGAGGCGCUGUGGCAUCCGUUCUUCAGCCCAAUGAGGACGCAGGAGCACCAGCGCAGUUAGCACACACACACACACACACACACACACACACACACACACACACACACACACACUCAGGAUCUACCUCGGACUGUUAUUUAAUGUGAUCACACUGUGUUUGGGUUUAUUUUUCUGAAUCGUUGAUGUGAAGGAUUUGAUUAUUUUGUGUUGUGGAGACCAUUCCAGUUUAUUAGAAAUACACAUUAACAGUCUGCGUGUCAUUGUGAAGAAAUCAGAGUGAUUCCAUGUUUCCCUUCAUUGAUUCUCAGUCUUCUGUGUCUGCAGCUUGUAAAUAAAUAUUUCCCUUUUGAUUUCUCUUAAUUCUCUUUUAAACUCACCAACAGCAUUUUUACACUGUUUUCCACAUUUUGUUAAAUUUACGAGCAGCUCGACGUGAGAGUGUUUGAUGGUGAACGCAGACGAGCAUCAGCAGAGUGUCCAUAUCAAUGUUUAUCACAGAAAAUAAUCAAAUAUGACUCAUUGGUUAAUUAAAACUAAACUCAACGUUUGUCCGCCUGGUUUGCAAAUGGAGUUAGUGAGAGAUCCUGGGCCGAGCAGUUUACUCAUUCACGAAAAGCAUCAUAAUUAUUUUCUUUAACCUUUUUCAACAAGUUCCUUGACUUCUCAGAGAAUAUUUCACGAAUCUUGGUGAAAAGAUCUGAUAUAUUUAGGGGACUGAUAUUAAUGAGAUUCAUAAAAUCUGGAUCUUUGAACGUGGCUGCAUAAGGGAACUGGUUUGAGCUCUACUGAGUGACAUUCUAGUUUCUAUUGGAUGAAGACUACAGGCUUCCUCUUCUUUUUAUUCUUCAAUUGUUUGAUGCCUUUCACACCUGAUACUUUGGUUCACACUAUAAAUUCCGGUCGUCUGGACCAAACAAGGAAGGUGUGGAAAAAGUCCCUUACGUUUCACAAACUCAAAACCAAAUGAAAAGUGACGACAAAGGUUGAACGAAAGCAGAAAUGUCCUUUAAUGUGUGUUACAGUGACAGAAGUGACGUUUCAGUCCACAAGUCUUUUCUCACUGUUUGCACAAGGUUAAACCGAUAAUGCAACACAUGGCAAAACAAGCACAGAUAAAUCAGCUGCAUUUUCCACUUCUGCUCCUCUGAUUACACUUUAUAGACUCUUCACGAGCUGAAGUAAAUGUUUGCUGUGUGACCCCCACGUAGAAAUCCCAGACCUCAUCUGGUGUGAGUGCUUCGUCGAUACACUCGUUAAGUGGACGGUAAUCAUUAGCCAGCGGCAAAACAAGUCCUGUGCAGACAAACCGCUCGUCUGUUAUCUGACCAACAUCGGCUCAAAGCUACUUAAUCUCACGGAUGUAAUAAAGCAGCAUAAAGCAAAGCGUCCGAGGGUCUGGGCUCGUCACUCGUGUGUAAUGCUGCAGGUUCCAGUCUGUCUCGUGACCUUUUGAUUCACUUGACUUUGCACAGACGAGGCUUCAGAAAUCUUAAAAACUGAUUCAGUAAACACUGGAGGAUGAAGUUUUUCUUUUGGUUAGCCUGGAAAUAUCCAUUGUUUUCUAGAUUAUGAUCAAAACGAUGCAUCAGUGAAGCCCCUGCACAUUUUCAUUAUUUCAGCUCCUCAUUGUGUUUAAAGUCCUCGUUUGUUGUUGUUGUUGUUGUCAUUGUUUUAUGUUGUGUACUGUUUGCUGCUUGUUGCUCUGUAGUUUGUUUUGUGGGACGUGGUUUGUGGGACUGUAUUUAUUACAUAUUUCUUUAGUUAUGUCCCUUUUUUCAAACUGUCUGCGUGUUUAGUAUCUUGUAAUUUAAAGGUGUUCUAUGUGUUUAAUGGUUUUCUAUUCAGCAAUCGAAUCUUGAAUUAUUUAUGAUCAAUGUAUAAUUUAUGCAAUAAAUGUGUUUUAGAUGAUGUUACAUUAAAGGUUUAAAAUUAGUAGAGUAAGGCUCAAACCUGAACUAAGGCCAAACAGGCCCUGUAACAAAAACACAUUUAAAUUCAUUAGAUCCAGAUUUGUAUUUGGAUCUGUCACCUCAAUAUGUUGAUUGUUUUCAUCAAGAUCCAUUAAUUAAUCUCUGGGAAAUAAAUCGUCAAACACUG